UUGACAGUUCACGCACGUGGGAUCACUUCAUCCUUGUCAUUCAUCGAAAGUUGAACGAAGACAGAUGAUACUCGCGAGCGUCGCCAUCUGGUGAACGUAGCCGGAAUUAAACAACUCGAAACACGUCUGUGACGUCACGGUGCAUCCUAUCGAAGCGAUCUGCGACCAACUUCAAACAAACGAGUAAACAUGUCGCCGGUGCGUGAAACUUUGCGCGAUUCCAGCGGCGAUUCUGGAUCAGAAUCGGACAACGGAUCCGCGUCCUCGAGAUCGAGUCGCAGCGGAAGUCGCGCGUCGCAGGGUCCCGCGCAAACGUCGAGCGACGUCAGGAGAGACGAGCACUCCGAGGAUGAGAACGGCGCGCCGGCUUCGCCCGCGUCGAACGCUUCCAGGUCCUCCGUCGAGUCGAACAAGCUGGACGGCGGCAGCCGCAAAUCGGAGAGCCCGGGUUCACCGGGCUCGGGCUCGAGGCGUUCGCGACGCUCGAGCUCCGCCCAGAGCGAGAAGUCCGAUUCCGCGAGAUCCAGGAGCGGCAGCCCGAAGUCGGUGGCCUCCAACAGUUCCGCAGACUCUCAGAAGUCCGCCAGAUCCCGCUCGCCGUCUCCACGUGGCAGCGUGCGUUCCUCGAGUCCGAAGUCGCCUGUUAGCUCGAGGUCCGCUCAUUCGGCGGAGAGGAAGUCCAAGACUCCGGCCUCUCCUGGAUCCAACGUGUCAGAGUCUCCGAAGAGUCGUCGAUCCAGAAGCGUUUCUUCGCAGAGAAGCAAUAAAUCAGCUGGUUCCGCGAGUCCAGCUGAGAGAGCGGGUUCUGAAAAGUCUGACGACAAGAGAUCGAGGUCUAAAAGUCCAAAGAAUGAUAAGAGCGAUAAUGAAUCAAACAGAGCAGAUCGAAGUCCAAAAUCUGACGAGAGCGAUGAAGAACGUUUGAAAGUUAAACGACAAAACAGCGGUUCUGGUUCGGAUACCGAAAAAAUUGUCAAACGAGUUAAGGCGAGAAUAAACUCGGAUUCUGAAAACGAGACGGCGGACAAGGAGAACAGCGUAGCUCCAACAGCGGACGCAUUAUUCGGUGACGCAAGUGACAUUAGCACAGAUGACGAGAAGGAGAAGAAGGAAGAAGAGAAAGAGAAGGAACGGGAGCGUAGUCGGAGCAGAAGCAGAAGUCGUAGCAAAAGCAAAAGCAGAAGUAGAAGCAGAAGCAGAAGCAGAAGUCACAGUCGGGGCAGAUCCGAGAGCGGUGGUGAAGGUCCGAGCCAUCGCGCCAUUAUUGAAGAUGAAGAGGAUAAAGACAAGGAAGAGGAACCAGAGCCACCUCCGGAAACUAGAAUCGAUGUAGAAAUUCCGAAAAUCACUACCGAUCUGGGACGUGAAAUUCACUUCGUAAAGUUGCCGAAUUUCUUAUCCGUUGAGACAAGACCGUUCGAUCAUGAAACCUACGAGGAUGAGAUCGACGAGGAGGAGACUCUGGACGAGGAGGGCCGGGCACGAUUGAAGCUCAAAGUUGAAAAUACAUUGAGGUGGAAGGACACGUUCGACGACGACGGCAAAAUGGUGAAGGAGAGCAACGCGAGAUUCGUCAAGUGGUCGGACGGUAGCAUGUCGUUGCAUCUGGGCUCGGAGAUCUUCGACGUGUACAAACAACCUUUACAGGGCGAUCACAACCAUCUUUAUAUUCGCCAAGGUACCGGUUUACAAGGCCAAGCGGUGUUUAGAACAAAAUUAACUUUCCGACCGCACUCCACCGAAUCGUUCACGCACAGGAAGAUGACUAUGUCUCUGGCUGAUAGGUCGCAAAAGACUUCCGGCAUCAAGGUUCUUUCUCAAGUGGGAAUGAAUCCAGACCAGAACAGAUACGAGAUGAUAAAGAAAGAGGAGGAAAAACUACGUAUGGCUAUGCGAGUCCAAAAUAAAACGAAGAAGAGUACAAGUGGUAUCAGAAAUACUAAUCGUACUGCAGGAGCAUAUAGUGGCGAUGCUUAUCAUGACGAUGGUUCUGAUGACGAGGGUGCAAUUUCAUUGGCAGCUAUAAAAAAUAAAUAUAAAAAAGGAGUCGCAGCAAUUCCUUCUAAAGCUUCAAACAUUUAUUCAUCGGAUGAGGAAGGAUCAGAUAUUGAAACGCAUAGGCCCAAAAAGAAUAUUAAAGGAAAGGCACUUAAAGAUUCAGAUGAUGAAUCUAAUUCUGAAACGUCUGCAGGAAGUGGUGGAGACAAUCAAGCUGAUGAUGCAAGUGAUUAAAGUGUAUGCAUUUUUAAAAUUUAGUGAAUAAAUAUAGUAUAAGGUAAACCAUUCUAUAUAUAUAUUAAUUGCAAAUAUAGAUUAUGUCUGAUUUAUACAAUGUAAAUAUGACAAUAAUAAAUAUGAUUGAAUUAUA